CAUACGUCGGAACGGCUCACAUCACCCAUGGGUCCAUUUUAUUUAUACAUGGCAUGGGAUUACAUCGGGGAUUAAAAAGUUAUUCCUAGAAACGCUAUAAUAACUAAAAAACCCUAUAAUAGCUCUUUGUGUCUACUAUACUAUCAAUGAUAUACAUUGACCUGGAUACAAUGUUUGCUAUACAGGGAAUUUCUAAAAGUGAUGAGUCACAAUCAACAUGAAGCAGAAAGUAGAGGAUGGCUUACUCCAGAUGACGGAGCUAGUCUUUCUGUUCUGCGUGGCUUUCACAGUAAUAUGCUUGGUGUGUCUAAACUUAUCUAUCACGCUGAAAUCGACUAACCCGAGAUAUCGAGCACAUGAUUUUACUACCGAAAAACUACAACAUAACGAAAAGUCUACGUAUAACAAAAACAACAACGACGAAAUAAAAAUUCUCAUAUGGACUACAUAUUACUCCGGACUUUUAAACUUUUCCGCAAAGUGCUCUGUUAAUCGCUGUAGUUUUCACCACGAUAAAUCCAAAUUAGGGAUAUCAACAAGUGAUGCGGUCUUAUUCCACGUGUGGAGCGGUGACUUUAACAGUUUGGACAUACCUCCGAUUCGUUUCUUUUGGCAGAACUAUAUUUUUUUUUCGUUAGAAAAUCCAACAAGGCAUACCUUCUCCAAACAACUGAACUUGACGAAAUUCGACGGUUUCUUUAACCUUACAGCUACAUACAAACUAGACUCUGAUGUACCUUUGCCUUAUGGGCAAUAUAUUUCUUCAAAAACAAAUCUAAAACCUAGAAGUCCAAGGAGGAAUUAUUACAUUGAAAAUAGACGUGAUGAAAGGGACAAGAAUGCUACUAUUCUCUGGACUGUAAGUCACUGUAAUACAAAGAAUAAGAGGAUGCAGUUUGUGAAAGAGCUACAAAAACAUAUAAAAGUUGAUAUAUUUGGAAAAUGUGGAAAACCCUGUGCGCGUUACAGAAAAUGUGGGACACAGCCAUAUAUGUUUUACCUGGCCCUCGAGAAUGCCGAUUGCAAGGACUACAUCACAGAAAAAGUGUGGAAAAAUGCAUUACUUGAGAAUCUAAUACCAAUAGAUAUUGACUAUUUAUUGAGCGUAAUCUAUGGAUUAUAUUCAACUCGGUGGCUACUUGCCAUUACUGAAGUUACAGUACAAUACCCAAUACUUGGUCAAAGCAAAUUGCAAUUGCGAAUGACAUUGGAUGAAGAAAAGAAUGAAUGA